AUUUGACGCCUGCGCGGAGAGCGCCGGCGCACGCCAUGGACGACGGCGCGCCCGAAAAAGCUACGCAGAUCCCUGCGGCCAUGAAGUCUAGCGCGGAAAGCGCGAACGAAAAGGCGGGCCGAGGGCAAUCAGGAUGGCGGGCGGCGGCUGAAUGAAGUGCCUGCGCAGCCGUCGGCCAUACGGCAAAGUAAGAAGGCGACCGCGUCCGGCCGGGCGGAUCUCGUGCAGAACGUUCAGCAGCGUGCCAGACUGCGCGCGUUCGGGCUUUGUAGUGCAGCAGGAGGCUUCUCCUUGUCGUAAACCUUUCCAGCCCGUCAGUUAGCACUAACAGUCUCCUGAGGGAGGCCGACACCGUUGAACAACUCCUGAGGGAGGCCCAGGCACUGGAAAAGUUAUUCGCGGCUUCCCGAUGCGCGCACCAUCCAAGCCCCCAGGGCGGGCGCGGCCAACAGCAUCCCCAGAAGCGGGCGGCGGCCCCCGCGGACGUCAGACCGGAAGCCCAAGGGCGCACCCGGGGCCUCCCUUCGCUGCCCCCGGCCAUUCUCGCGCCGUGCGCCAUUGCCAUCGCCGACAAAACGGGCCCGCAAUUCACCGCCCCCACCGAAAAGCAAAAAAAACGCAGGCGGGCGAGAAAGGGGAGCGGCCCGCGCGGUUUAGCUCAUUCCCUUGCGCCGCCGCCGCGGGACACCGGUGCCGCAGCGCCUCCGGCGUGACCGCCCUGAGAUUCAGGACGGGGCCAAGGCCAUCAAGGAUGGGGCCGAUGACUUUGCGGAGAUGA